UCCUCACCCCGUGUCAGGGACGCAGCCUAAUCUUUUUCCUUCGGAACACAGUAUUGUCCCCAGAAAAACACCCCAAUGACACGGCAAAUUUAAUUCCGAAGGAAACCUCGGAUUCUUCGUCAGCCUGAAUCCAACUUUUGGGUCCCGCUCCGCCCUCCCUCCCCCGCUGGCAGCUUGUUGCCAUGGAGAACUCGUCAGUGGCGUCAGCGUCGUCGGAGGCCGGCAGCACGCGCUCCCAGGAGAUUGAAGAGCUGGAGCGCUUCAUCGACUCCUAUGUGCUGGAGUACCAGGUGCAGGGCCUACUGGGUGACAAGGGCGAGGCGGUCACAGACGGGGACAAAACCCAGUCCCAUGUGUCCCAGUGGACAGAGGACUGCAGUGAUAAGAUAGAUGGCAGCUGGUCAUCGUCGCGGGGGAGAGCUUCAUCCAAACCAGACGAGUGGGAGCACAGCAGUAAUGGGAGCACGGGGUCGAGGCCCAGCUCUGGCUCUAGGCCUGGCUCUGGUUCCAGAUCAGGUAGUCGGGGACGGAAUAACCAGUUUAGAGCUCCAGCCAAGAAUGGAAACAGAGAGGGCUCAUUAGACAUCUUGGGCACAGACAUCUGGGCUGCCAACACCCUGGACGGUGGAGCCACAUGGGAUCUUCAGCCCGAGAAGUUGGAUUUCUCUCAGUUUCACAGGAAGCCAUACCGCGGGACACCAAAGCACCUCCCACACAUUGAUCGUGAGGGGAUGAUAAAGGGCAAGCUUGAUGAUGAUGAUGGCAUUGAUCUGACUGAGAUGGAGAAGUUUCUGCCUGGUUUAAGAGCCUUUCCUCCUCUGCCUAAUGAAGCUGAAAUCGCACACACCAAAAAACUCUUCAGAAGACGGCGCAAUGACAGGCGAAACGUUCACCAGGACCAGUUAACGGUGUUGCUGUCUGCCCAGGGGAAACGGCAAGUGACCAGGAGACAACAGCGGACGCCCACCGGAGGAGGAGGAGGAGGAGGAGGAGGAGGGGGGAAGGCCCAGAAUCCUCAGCAGCAGCAGCAGCAGCAGCAGCAGUCACCUCAACAACAAAACACUCAGCAGCAUCAGCAACAACAGCAACAGCCAACGCCCCAGCAGCAGAACCAGCCCCAGGGCAGCGAUCAGCAGGGAGGCAAUGCCAAGCCCAGUGGCCGUCCGUAUCAGGGCCAGGGCCAAGGCCAGCGCCCACACCACGGCUACAGCCAGAAUCGCCGCUGGCACCACCCCCAGAAGCACCCGGGCAACGCGCCUCAGGGAGCCUCGCCCAGCCACAAGGGGGCGCCGCGUAAUGCCAAAGACUCUGAGAAUGUAAGGGCCGAGGAGGAGGGUGCGGACAGAGAGAGGGCCCCCAGGGAGCAGGGCUCCCACAAGGAGGCCCCGGCCGAGGGGCCCCGAGUCAGCCUGCUGCAGUCAUCUAAGGAAAGGCUGAGGAGGAGGCUCAAGGAGAAGGAGGAGGUUCCUGUCCUGCCCGCGGCCCCCCAGCGCAGCCGCAUGGACCGGCUGCAGGAGCUGCUCAACAGCAUGCGCAACAACAGCAGCGGCGUGGACAGCCAGCUCAGCUCCUUCAUGGAGGAGGCGCAGAACUCGGCCAGCUCCGAGGAGAUGCUGGAGGAGAUCGUCCGCACCAUCUACCAGAAAGCAGUCACGGACCGGAGCUUUGCCGCCAUGGCCGCCAAGCUCUGCGACAAGAUGGCUCUCUUCAUGGUCGAGGGCACCAAGUUCCGCUCCCUGCUCCUCAAUAUGCUACAGAAGGACUUCACCCGCCGAGACGAGCUGCAGCAGACCGACGUGGAGAGCUGGCUGGGCUUCAUCACCUUCCUGUGUGAGGUGUUUGGGACCAUGAGGAGCAGUGCGGGAGAGCCCUUCAGGGUGCUGGUGUGCCCCAUCUACACCUGCCUCAGGGAGUUGCUGGAGUCACCAGAGGUGAAGGAAGAUGCUGUUCUCUGCUGUUCCAUGGAGCUGCAGAGCACUGGGCGUCUGCUGGAGGAGCAGCUGCCUGAGAUGAUGACGGAGCUGCUGGCGGCCGUGCGGGACAAGAUGCUGUGUCCGUCUGAGUCGCAGCUGACCCGCUCGCUGCUCAUGGAGGUCAUCGAGCUGCACGCUCACCGCUGGGGCCCGCUCGAGGCGCUCACCACGCAGUACUACAACAGAACCAUCCAGAAGCUGACCGCGUGACCUCCGCCACCACCCUGACCCCAGCAACCCCCCACCCGCCUCCAAUAUAUAACACACUUAUAUAGACACACACACACACACAGCGACUGGACAGGACAGGACAGGACAGGACAGGAGCAGAGCUGAGGUUGUGUGGGAUGGCAUUAAGGUUUGAGAUGGAUGGUGAAUGGAGGGAUAUGGGAUAUGGCAUACACACACACACACACACACACACACACGCCAUCACACAUACACACACACACACACGCCAUCACACAUACACACACACACACACACACACACGCUAUCACACACACACACACACACACACACACAAACACACACAAAUGCGCAAACACACACAAACCAUGCAUACUAAUCAACUACUGUCUCAGUGCUCUGUGGCCAGCAACAGACGGACUGAUUCAGAGGCUUCACAGCUGACUUUUGUCUGUCCACUGCGCUCCACUCUGACAGGAGCUGACUGUGAGGGCGUGUGUCCUAGCAGUGAGACGAUUGCUGGACAAAAGAGAGCACGUGGGGGAGAGGGAGAGAGGGAGAGAGAGGGAGGGAGGGAGAGAGAGAGGGGAGAAAAGAAGAGAAAAGGAGUGCAGGCAGAGGCAGACAGAGGGCCACAGCGGCAGGCCUGCCCCAAAGCCAGGGGCUUCCAGGGGGGAUGGCUAAAGCUGCUUUUGUGCUCGUGCGCCAGCCUCCCUCCCGCCCUGCCCUGCCUCAUUCUUUCCCUUUUCUCUCUCUGCCCUCUCCUGGCUGCCCCCAGACAGGGGGCGAGUAGAGUCCAGUAUAUGAAAACACACACACACACACAGACACACACACACACACACACACACACAGGACAGGACGAGGUUCCCUCUGUCUCGCCCUUUGUGUGUUUCCCACCCUGGCCCUCUGUCACUACUGCCUGGGGGUAGCAGAUGGUUUCUGGAGCCUUACACCCACCCCUCAACACACACACACACACACACACACACACAUACAAAAACAUGCAGACACACACAACCCCUAUGUCCCAGACUGUCCGUCACUUUGGGGGAGUGAUGAGGAUUGCAGUGUGACUGUAUUUGUGUUUAUCUGAGUGUGUGUGUGUGUGUGUGUGUGUGUGUGUGUGUGUGUGUGUGUGUGUGUGUGUGUGUGUGUGUGUGUGUGAGAGAGUGUAAGUGUGGGAUGGGGCUAGUUCCUCUUCCUCUGCUUUGUUUUAUUUUCCUCUCUGGGUUUCCAUUUUUCUCUCAUCCAAUGAGCAGUGUUCGUCCAUUGCUUUAUGUCAUCAUUGUUAAAGUUAUUAUAAUUGUCAAUAUUAUUAUUAUUGUAUUAUUCUUUUUGGAAUUACUGUUUUUUAAAAAAAUGACUAUGAUAUUUUAGAGGUAGACCUCUUGCACAGGUUUGAUUUUGUUUUGCACUGUUUUAAGGCGACUGCUUUAAAGGGGAGAGCUGUGAGUAGCGCGCUUAGCGUUAGCGCUAGCGCUUGCGCGGGGAGCGGCAUGUAGAGACCUCUGAUGGCCCGGGAGCGUCCACUCCACGCAGCUAGAGGGGGUCCUAGGAAACAAAAGUGUUUUUCUUUUUUUUAAGUCUGAGAGACUAGUGGCCUUGUGAACUACUAGAGUUUUUAGAGUGUAUAUCGUUGUUUGAAUGAAACAAGCCAGACUCCUAGACCGCUUACAGAGUGAAUGAAUUUGAUGUUUUUUUCUCCCCUGCAACGGAUAAAGAUUUAAAAAAAAAGAAACUAAACUAAUGAGCAU